AUCACCCGAUCUCCUCGCUAUUACAACCUGCCGCAUUCUUCCCAUCGAUAGCUACAAUAUACCAAGCUUACGCAAGACUGUAUCUCAUCCUUUUUCAACCCUGAGAUGGUGUCAAUGCACUGGGGGGGUCACAAGCUUAAAUAUAGAACCAAACGAAAACGAACGAUGAUCUAUUUCCAGAUGAUCCCGUCCGCAGCAGCCUCGUCUCUACAAGCUUUCGUUCUCCCUUCCAGUAUCUGCCCAUGUAUCCCCAUGAAACCAUUUUUUGUUGUUCCCUGUCAUCCCAAUAAAGUAGCCUCCCAUAGUUCAUGUAUUACAAUAAUGAUAUCAUGCUGUCAUUCCAAACGCUCAGGAUGGCGUGUUCAACAACCAAGGCGACAAAACGAAGCCCAGCGGGGUUUUCGGAGUUUCAGAAUGCGACACCAAACUGUAACCAUGACUUUCAGCACACACCAUCAUUAAAGUAUCACGACGUUUUUAUUUUCGGGUGAUUUCUUGUCUUUUUUUUUUCACACUUCUUCACUUUUUUCUUUUUGAACUGCACCAUGACGGAAUACCAAGUCAAGCUUGACAAAGGUGUCGUUCCUACUAAAGACACCAAAAUUAUCUUGGCCAACACCAUUAAAGUACCUCCGAUUGGUAUGUGCUGCUUUUAAG